AUGACUUCAGUUCCUGAGAAUAUUCCUAAACUCAACCUUUAUAAUUUUGAAGAACCACAGUACGAAGACUGUGACUAUGUCCUAACCAGUCCCCGAUCAUUGGAAGCGUGUUCAAGGCUGAAUAUCAAGCCUGUGGACCUUUUACAUAAACCCCUUGAAGAGUUUAAAGAAGAGCUCCAGGAAUAUGAUUUGCAGCCCAGUACCAUUUACUUCUUUUAUAAUGAACACGAAAAUAAGCGCCAAAAUAACUUACAGAGAUGCUGGGAAGAAAGAAGCCAGAUUAUUAAGGAGGAGAUGGAGGAGGGGAAAAAGGCUGCCCUCAAAGAAUUCUCCAACGAUGAUCUUACCAACCAGGAGUUUUCUGCUGCAAUUGUUCCUGUUUAUAAUUACAAGAUUGAUGACAUUCUUGGAUAUGGAGACACUGAAGCUUUUACUCAGAAACAAAGAACAAGAUCUUCUUUGUCAAACGACAGAAUCACCAAAGACAUCAUCAAUGAAUGGUACUUGAGUGUCUAA